AUGGCAACAACUACGUCAGAUCAGACAGGUUCAAAAAUAGCACCGGCUUCUUUCACCACAGGGAAAUUAAUUCGCCCAGUUAUUCAUCUCCCAUAUCUCAUAUGGGAAUUCACGCAAAGCAACUUUAACACGUUUGUCAUUCCGAAUACAACAUUUGGCCUCCUCGGGGCCCUGGUACCGGCGUUUUCUGCGGCUACUGAAUUGGAGGGCCCGCCUUCAGUAACGGAGAUUCUUGUGCGAGCACCUAGUGUUGUAUUGUUCAACUGGUGCAAUGUGCUCGUUUUUGACCUGGGCAACCAACGCUCGAUCGAGUCCGUUGAGGAGGAUGUCCUCAAUAAGCCCUGGCGUCCCAUUCCGACGGGCAAGGCGACUUCGAAUCAGGCCCGCUGCGCUUUGCUUCUGCUCAUCCCAAUUUUCAUGUGGCUGAACCACGCUCUGGGAGUAUGGGAGCAAGGGGUGUUGAUUCCAACGCUGAGCUACCUGUACAAUGACCUGAGAGGCGGCGACGAGCUUCUUAGAGACCCCAUCAUAUCAAUUGCGUAUGCUGUGGCCAACUCGGCCUCCCUAAGAAUCGCCGUCGGUGGGCACAUAACCCCAGAAGCGUUCACCUGGGUCUCCGUGAUAAGCGGUGUGAUUUUGACCACAAUGCAGGUCCAAGAUCUUAAAGAUCAGGCGGGUGAUCGCAGCCGCGGGCGCGGUACCAUCGCGCUCUUCGUAGGCGAAUGGUUUUCACGGACAUGCAUCGCCUUCUUCGUCGGAUUCUGGUCGCUUGUGUGCACCUGGCUCUGGAGCCCGGGUCCGGUCGCUUUUGGUCUUUCCAGCCUGACAGGACUGAAUGUCAUGCGCCGGGUAUUGCUGAAACGUACCCCGGCGGAGGACGCCAGAACAUGGAAGUGGUGGUGUCUAUGGACGGUAACUUUAUACUCCCUUCCAGCCUUUGCGAUGGUACGAGGAUUCCAUGAGCCAUAG